CAGAUUUAUAUACUGCUUGCUUUUUAAGCUGAUAACCGUUGAAUUUUUUAAAUGAUAGGGUUUUAUGCGUCAAUAUGAAAAACACUAGAAUAAUCGCCACGUAAACUUUCGAAUAAUGCUAUAGUCUUAGCACUCAGCUGUGAGCGUAUGUUUAACCUUAGAAGGAUAAAUUUCACUCUAAUAUUUUCGUUUUUUAAUAAAUAUUUUAAAUAUUACAUUGACUUUUUAUAAAUUUUGAACAUUUUUUAUUUUUCGUCAUGUAUGCUGGUGGGUGGGAAGUCGUUGGUAGAAAUAAAAAAGACAAAAGUGUUGCAAAAACCGGUAAACUGACCAAAGCUGAGAAAAAGAAAUUUAUAGAAAAUGCUCCAAAAGUUGAAGAUUUUUUGCCGUUAGACCAAGUUAAAUCUUUAUAUGAAAAUUUAGAUGGUAAUAAAGAAAAUAAGAAGCCUGCUAAAGAAAAAGAAAGUAAAACUAAGGAAAAUGAAGAGAAAAAGAAGCAACAGAAGCAACAGCAAGUGGAAAAAAAGAAAGAUGAACAAUUAAAAGAAAAGCCACCAAGGUCUAUUGAAGAAGCCCUUAAUUUUAUCAAUGUAACAGAAGUGCAAAAUUUGCUAGCUACUAACCAAGCUAAUUUCCCAGAUGCACCACUGGUUUGGCUAAAAAGUCUUGUAGGUUUUUUGAAUGCUAAAAUUCCAGUAGAGAAAGAUGAUCCUAUUUUUUCUGGCAGACCUGAUGGAUAUCCUUUGAGUGUUGUUCCAAAGAGUUUGCGUGUUAUUUUUGAAAAAGCGAUUGAUGCUGCAGGAGCUCAACAUGCAUGUCUUUUUUAUGAAUUUAUUCUCACCGCAUUCACUAUGGAAAUGACAAAAAAUGUUCCUGUUGUGGGUUACAAAAUAUUUGUGCAGUUAUUGGCUAAAUAUGACCCCACAUUGGGUAUGAACAACAUACCCAAGCUAAUUAGUAUGAGGAACUCCUAUCAAAACAGAAAGCCCAUUGGCUUAUCUUUACUUUGGUCUUAUAACCAAAGCGGUAGAGAAAAUUUAACAGUAGGUUUAACAGUCUGGCAUGAGGUUAUAGCUCCUAUGCUUGAAACAAAAAACUAUUCUAGCUAUGUUAUACAAAUAUUGGGUGAUCUUAUCUCAUGGCACAGCAAAGAUGAAAGACUCCGACCUGAUUUAUAUUUUAAUAUAUUUGAUGAUUUUUACUCAGGGAAACUGAAUAUUUCUUCAUCAGUUAUUAAUGAAGGUGCUCCAAAUCUUGAAAAACUGAGGUGUAUUUUAUUUCAAAAUAAAAAUAUAAAUCAUCGGAAAAUUUUCGAAACUUUGCUGACGAAAGUAACAUCAAAAGCGUCAGAUAAUCAGAAAAACGAAGUUUUGAAUGGGAUUGUAAACUGCCUCGGUACCGAUGAUCGCUGCUUUACGUUAUGGAAGUCUCUUUACAUGAAAAAUUUAUACACAUCUAGCAUACUAUUAACUCACAUUGAUUCGAAUUGGAAUAAAUUUAAGCCUUUCUUGAAUAUCAAACUUUUAACAGAUAUUCUUUUAGCUUUCCAAUUAUCUUAUGAAAAGUCUAAAAAGGGUAAAGGAAAAGAUGAUAAAUAUCUCUAUGCGUGUAAAGUCACGACCGUGGUACUAAUCAAGAAGAUGUCUUCAAAAAAAUCUAGCAAAGGAGGGUUCCCAUGGAAGACAGGAUGCUUCUUAUUAUUGCUGUUUAUUGGUGCUAUUGUUGCCUAUGAUACGCAUAAACAUGGCUCCUUUGAAGCAACAAAUACUGCAAGAUUUUUGAAGGAUAGCGGAAUAUGUGCUUUUGUGCAAAAAACUUGGGUUUCUACAAAAUUGUAUGCUGAUAAAGGACGUGGAUAUAUAGAGUCAAGCUCACCAGAAUAUUAUAAAGCUGUUAUUGAUUUUUCUAAACCUUAUAUUAAAUUAGCUGAAGAUGUUUAUCUUGUUCUGAGUAAAAUUUUUAUAGAACUAUAUGACAAUGUUUCAAAUUAUAUAGUUAUAACUAAACCACUAGUUCAACAGACAAUUGAACAAUAUGUUCCUGGUUUAUUAGAUUCAUUACAAGAGGGAAUUUUAAAAGGAAUAGACAAAUUGAAAGGUUAUUCUGUGUUGAUCACAGAGCAGAUUGUUGAAAACUCUUUCAAAGCAACUAGGUGGCUGAAAACUAAUGUUUUUAUUGGCAAGUUAAGUCCUGAAAACUUACAAAAUUAUGCAAGUCAGGCAAUUAACACAACACAAGCAUUCGCUAGCCAAACAUACAAUUGGGUUUAUGAAAAAGUGCAAACAAUUUCCAAAGUUGAUUAAGGAAAACUUUGAA